AUGCCAAAUUUUUCUUUUUCAACGGCUAAUAAUUUCCUCCGUUUCACUCCUGAAUCCUUGGAUGCAAUUAAAAAGCGAAUUGCUAAGAAGGAAGCAAAGCGCUCCAAAGUCUUGGAAAAGGGCAGUGAUGAACCACAAGAAGAAAAUAUUCAACCACAACUUGAUCUGAAAAAUUUUAAAAAGCUGCCUAUUCUUUAUGGAAAACCCCCUCCCUGGCUCAUUGGAGAACCAUUGGAGGAUGUUGACCCGUAUUACAGGGAUCAUGAGACAUUUAUGGUGCUGACAUCCCACAGCAGAAUCUUUCGAUUUACUGCCUCCAAGUCUUUAUUUUUAUUUAGCCCUUUCCACCCACUGAGAAGACUAGCCAUAAAAAUUUUAAUACAUGUUUUGUUUAUUGCAUUUAUAACAUUUGUUGUUCUCGUCAACUGCGUCUUCAUGGCUUUAAACACUCCUCCAACUGAUGGCAACACUACUGAAAUUAUUUUCACAAGCAUUUAUACAGCCGAGUUUGUAAUCAAAGUAGUAGCAAGAGGACUUGUUUGGAAUGAAUUCACUUAUCUGCGAGACCCUUGGAAUGCUCUGGAUUUCUUUGUUUUAAUUAUGACAUAUAUAGCCUUCAAUCAAAAAUUUGGCAACAUUUCAGCUCUCCGAAUUUUUAGGGUUCUGAGAACUUUAAAGGCAGUUUCUGUAAUUCCAGGGCUGAAAGUCAUUAUAUCUUCACUCCUUCAGUCAGUGAAAAAACUUGCAAAUGUGAUGCUGCUGACAGUUUUCUCCUUGGCUGUUUUUGCCCUGGUUGGCCUUCAGCUCUUCAUGGGUAACUUAAGAAAUAAUUGUGUCCCCUGUUCGUUUCUUCCUGAAAACCUCAUCAGGAACAAAAAUGAUUGUUUAGAGAUGGAGAACCCAUAA